AUGGGGUGCGCACCGACCUUAGGGAAAGCCAAAAUUAAAAAGAUGAAAAAUAUCGAAGCCGAACAUACGCAGCCCCAGCUGAUUUUAGCGCUUCGAAGCAGAUCAAGUUCCAAUGAUUCAGAAAGUCUGUUUGACUUUCUCGAUAACAGAAAGGUGUCUUUAUUCACUGUGAGAGAAGAAAUUUCUGCAUUGGAAAAAUCCGCUAACCCUUCAUACUUUGCUUCCCCAAUGGCUGCAAAUGGCCUGAAAGAAGUAAGCUGUAACACUCUCCAAGAGUUUUGACAAGGAGGAACAAAGGUGAACUAA